CAUGGUCCAGUGGGACACUUUAUAGUCCUGAGAGGUGCACUCUGGAGCACUGGCAGCUGUCCUUCAUGACAACACAAGCCACAUACGGCCUCCUCAUCACCAACAUGACUUUGGUGUGCGUCCUCAUGUGGACUGUCCUCUGCUGCUGCUUCACAGAGUCCAGAGGACAGGUGACAGUGAGUCAGGCUGGAGCAGUGAGGGCCGCCCUGGGGGACACCGUCAACAUACGCUGUACUGUCAGUCCAGCUGUGGCUUAUACAGCUGACUUAGACUGGUACCAACAGAGAGAUGGAGAGCCUCCUAAAGCUCUUAUAUAUGAUACGUCUAAUCGAGCCUCAGGUGUCCCCAGUCGUUUUUCAGGCAGUGGAUCUAAAUCUGCCGUGACUCUGACCAUCAGUGGAGUUCAGCCUGAAGACUUUGCUGUGUAUUACUGUACAAGUGUUCACAACAUCAACAGUCAAAUAGUGUUCACGUUCGGUGGAGGAACCAGACUGGAGCUCAACUUGGGGCGAGUGGAGCCCAGCCUCUGGGUGCUGCCCCCCUCCAGAGAGGAGCUGGCCCAGGGGAAGGCCACCCUCGUGUGCCUGGCCAACAAGGGCUUCCCGUCAGACUGGAGCGUGUCCUGGAAGGUGUCCGGUGGCGGUGCGGGCGGGGAGCAGAGCCGGAGCCCCGCGGUGCCGCAAAAGGACGGCCACUACAGCUGGAGCAGCAGCCUGACGCUCCCCGCACAGCAGUGGAGGGAGGGGGGCGUGGCUGUGAGCUGUGAGGCCAGCCAGGGCUCCCAGAGUCCAGUGUCCCACACACUGAGCACACUGCAGUGUUCCCACCACUGACACAGUCACUGGGAUCAGCCUGCAGAGCGCCCUCUGCUGUCAGCUCACGCCUCUACAGCUACAGCUCCACUUCACUUACUGCAGCACAGCACACAGGCCUCUGUCCCAACUGGAGCUUCUGCUCCAAAUAAAGAGCUGUGCAUCAAAAGCA